AUGAGGUACCUUCUCCAAUAUGUCGCGUGUUUCUUCGCCUUCUUCUCUGCUGGGUUUUUGAUAGCAGCCACCUGGACAGACUGCUGGAUGGUGAACGCUGACGACUCCCUGGAGGUGAGCACGAAGUGCCGUGGCCUGUGGUGGGAAUGCGUCACCAACGUGUUCGAUGGGAUUCAAACCUGUGACGAGUAUGACUCUAUAUUUGCCGAGCACCCCUUGAAGCUGGUUCUGACCAGAGCCAUGAUGAUCACAGCAGACAUCCUGGCGGGGUUUGGAUUCGCUUUCCUGAUCCUGGGACUUGACUGCGUCAAAUUCCUCACGGACGAGCCCACCAUCAAGCUGCGCAUCUGUCUCGUGUCUGGAGUCACGUUGCUCAUAGCAGGCUUCCCAGGUCUUAUUGGCUCAGUAUGGUAUGCCCUCGGGGUGUACGUGGAGCGCUCCACCCUGGUUUUGCACAAUGUGUUUCUUGGCAUCCAGUAUAAGUUUGGCUGGUCUUGUUGGCUCGGAAUGGCUGGGUCCCUGGGCUGCUUCUUAUCUGGGGCUGUGCUCACCUGCUGCAUGUAUCUCUUCCGAGAUGUUGGCUCUGGGAGAUUCUAUCCCCCCAAUUCCUUCAGGAAGAUGUAUUCCCCAGCUGGAACGACUGUGGCAAACACAUACUAUCCAUCGUCUCAGACAGCGACUGCCAAAAUGUACGCAAUGGACACCAGAGUGUGA